AUGCUCGGUCAGUGCUUGAAACUGGCCUCCGAGAACAAAAUCACGGCCAAGAACACCUGGGGCCUCCCUCUCAUCGAGCACCUGGAUGACCUGAUCAAGGCAGAGCCAGACAGCACAAACUUCCAGCGCGCCAGUGUCACCCUGGAUGCCGGAGUCAAGAUCUACGGCACCCGCGUGGACUCGGUGCACACGGAGACCUUCAAGAUCUUGGGAGGCCUUGGGCGAGCUGCUGCGCCCGAGGAGGCCCUCGAAGAUGGCGCCCAGGGAGAGGACGGUGUGGGCGAGGGCGCGAUGAGCCGACGACGCAAGGUCUUGGCUCUGGAUCAGAAUGCCACCCUGGAGUCCAGCCCGGACGCUCUGAAUCUCAAGCAGUUCGACCUGGCUUUCGAUGUAGACCCCCUGUUCCAACAAACGUCUGCACAGUUUGACGAGGGCGGCGCCCAAGGCCUCCUGCUGAACACCUUUGGGGUGUUCCGUGGGUGUGAGGUCAUGUUCGACUCCAGCGAGGUCCCGGAGCAGGCGCUGGCGCCCCUUGACCCAGGGCCGCCACAGCAGGUGUGUUUCUUUCUGGGGGAGAAAGCCCUGGUGGCGAGCGCGCUCCGGCCCGAAGCCUCGGGCGACGCCCAGGGUCCCCAGCCGGCCGCAUCCGCGGCGUCCUGCGCAGGGGCCACUGACGACGCCAUGGCCUAUCACGACGACGCCGACACGCAGGGAGUUUACGACGGGCACGAUGACGGUGAUCACGGUGGGGACGGGGGCGGCUACGAUUCCGACAGCGCAGCCAGCGAGGCUGGGGCGGUGCACGUCGACCCCGAGCCCGGUCACACCGGGGGAGAGGGCCUCGCCCCCGAGGCGCUGCACUGGCUACUGCACGGCGGCGGUCCCGGGGCCGAGGGCGGACCCGUGCCCUCCGGCCUGCCCAGCGGGACGAGCAAGGGGAGGAGCGAACCCCUGGACUUUGUGAGCCUGAUGGCGGCCGGCCCGGCCCCCACCUUUGCCAUGCUGACGGCCGAGAAGAAGGUGCCGGCGCGGAGAUCGGCCAAGAAGGCGGAUGCCCAGCGCCUGCUGCUUCCUGAAGACUAUCACUGCAAGGCCGAGAUGAUGUUCCACUACGCGCUCCAACCCCGCACCCUCCUGCUCUCCGGCCUGGGUGCGGGGCUGGGCCAGGGUGGCGAGGAGGAGCAGGGGCUCCAGGAGUGGGCCGACCUCGGGCAGGGUGGCGCCGAGGACGACGACGACGACGACGGGCCUGGCGACUUUGGCGGCUGGGAGCCGGCAGGCGCCGACGCUGACGGGGCGACGCUGGAGCUGGUGCAGGCCGCCCGACAGGUGGAGAAGGUGGACAUCCAGUAUGCACGAGCCGCCAAGCACGUGGACGUCCGUGCCCUGAAGGAGCUCAUGUGGGGCGGUCUGCAGCGCCAGCUGGCAGCCGGCCACGGCGCCUCGCCGGACCGCCCUGCCCAGCUCCAGGCCCUGCUGAGCGAGGUGCCGCAGGAGUCUGCAGCGGGCCCGGCGGCCGACAUCUCCGUCCACCUCUGCUUCAUCUGCGUCCUGCACCUUGCCAACGAACACGGGCUGGCGAUUCGGGGGGUCCCCACCCUGGACCGGCUGAUGGUGCACGGCACCCGCCCGACGGCGGCGGCCUGA